AUGCGCCGCUUUUUUCGCCGUCACCGUAAAGAAAACAAGGAGAACAAUGGCCAGUCCUCGCCGACUCGCAACCCUUCACCUCCAACAAGUUCAACAACAGCAGGACCAAAUGAAGCGCCGUUUGUCCCACAAGUAACACCUCCAGGUUGGCAUGUCUGCACUUAUGCUUGCGCCGGUCUCGCGGGCAUGCCGCCAGAUUAUCAUGAAUCGAUCAUUGCCGAGAUGGCCCAAAAGCUCGGGGCAGUUCCUGACAACAUCCGGAUCGACUCACUAUCCAUGGGCAACGCGCGCCUCGUACCCGGCCAAUCUCGCGAUAUCGUGUCUGAGACUCAUGAGCGGCGGGAUAUCGAAGGCAACACCGAACUCGCGCACAUCCCGCUUGACUUGCCCACCACGCACCGCUACCAACCACUUCCGACCGGCCAUGCGCGGUUCCUUCGCCUUGGUGGCUUGGGAGCACAUCCCUUGGCUUACCUGGAAUCGCAUCCUCUUAGCCAUCCGCCACCGUACAUUGCGGUAUCAUACUGCUGGGAUCCAACAAGUGCGAGGCGCGGGAUGUUCUUGGAUCGGCAAAGUUUCAGUAUUUCCGAGACGGUGCUGGAAGUGCUGAACCAGGUGCAGGCGUCGCAGAAUGCGACCGGAUCUAGGGAGUUGUUGUGGAUCGACCAAAUUUGCAUCAACCAAGCGGAUGGCGCGGAGAAACUGGACCAGAUGUACCGGAUGGGGGAGAUCUACUCCAAGGCAACCAAGGUGUUUAUCUGGCUAGGCCCGACGUCGAAUGGGAGUGAUGUUGCGCUGGAGAAGAUGCCGCAGAUGCUGCGGGAGGUGGUUGCGUUAAAUCAAGCUACAGAGACACGGGAGGAUGUGCCAGAAGAUGUCCCAGCGUUGAUCAACACGGAUCAUGGGCAAUUGUAUGGCCAUCUAUUCAUGAGGCCGUGGUUCAAGAGGUUAUGGACUGUCCAAGAGGCGCUCCUGGCGAGGGAGCUGGUAGUCAUGUGUGGCUAUCGGGAGGUGGACUUUGGCCUGCUGGUGGAACUGGCGUCUCAAAUUCUGACUUACGGUUCUUUGGAUCUGAUCCAACUCCCAGGGGCCUCGGAAGACGAGAUGACCAACGCGCUUAUCGGCGUAGUAAACCUCUCCGCACUCCGUUUAGGAGACGCCCCCCUUGAACAGAUCAUGCAGGGCCUCAGCAUGGGGGCAUUCCGGUCUCUUGUGGCUGAGGCCCGCACACGACAAGUCACCAUGGCACCGGACCGCGUCCACGCCAUCAUGGGUGUCGCCCCUCGACACAUCCGGGAGCGCAUGGCCAACCUCCAAGUUUCACAGCCCAGUCACAACAUGUGGCACCUCUACGCUCAAUUCGCCAAAACCAUGCUCGAAAACGACCCAGAGUGGUACUUCCUCUCGUCCGCCCCAUCUAAGGACCACCCCGAUGGGCUUCCCUCUUGGGUCCCCAACUUCAACUCCCCGGCCCCUUUCGCCUCCGAGCUAGCCACGCCAGGACGCUUCUCAGCCGGCAUCACCCCCGCCACGCGCCACCUUGUCCAGCGCACCAUCACCGAAGACGAGCUCACCGCACACGGCUGUCGCAUCGACACCAUCACGGAAAUCAUCCCCCAAACCGCCUUCACCGAAGCAACGCAAAACACAAAACACAACGACGUGUACGGGGAUGCCGCACGCGAGUGGGAACAGAACUGCAUGCGGCUGUGUCAAAAGAUCUUUGGUCUCGGCCCGGAACAGUUUCCCCGGCUGCACGUUAACAUCCUACUUGCGGCACCAAGAACAACAUCACUGCAGCAACAAUUCGCUCCCUCCGAACCCGCGCCCAUGCCCAUGCGCGGCCGCGCCCUGGAUGCAUACCACACUUUCUGGAUGGGCUGUCGACUCCGCGGCGAAGCACUCCGACAGAUCCAGUCCGGAGAUGCCCCGCUGCCGGAACGCUUCCAGGGCCUGCCUGACGGCGCGGAGCGGUUUGCGGACCAGGCGUUGCGCAUGUGGCGGAAGCAGUUGCCCUUGGAAGAGUAUGCUCUCUUGUUGGAAUUUACGUCUGGUAUGAAGAACAUGUGUUCGGGUCGGCCUUAUAUCGCGACAAGUACUGGAUUGUUGGGGCUUGGGUGUCCUGGGGUCAAGGAAGGGGAUGUGGUUUGUGUGUUUUAUGGGAGUACGGUGCCGUAUGUGUUGCGGCAGAGGCGGGAUGGGACGAUGGAGUUUGUGGGGGAUGCGUAUGUGUAUGGGGCGAUGAAUGGGGAAGCGCUUACAGGGGCAGAGAGGGGACCGGAUGAGAUCUUUCGGAUUCGGUAG